UUUGAAGCAAAGCAGGAAAAUGAGCGUUGAAUUGAAAUGAGAAUGUUAUAGAAGGCGAGAGGACACUAAGCGAUUUCGUUGGCUCAGAAAUUUACAAAAACCGCCGCUUCUUCUCCGGCGGCCAUUUUGAUGGAGUGGUAAAAUCUCAAUCAAUGGGCAUCAAGCGAGAGAGUAAAAGGUCGGCUUCUGCAACUUCGCCGUGUGCUGAUCUUAGGGCUGUAUAUCACAAUUGUUUCAAUCGUUGGUACUCGGAGAAGUUUGUAAAAGGUCAAUUGGAUGAAGAACCCUGCGUCUCCGAAUGGCAGAAGUACAGAGCUUGCCUCUCUGAGCAUUUGGAAGAUAAGAAGCUGAAGCGCUUCUUGGAAGAGGAAACGAUUGUUCAUUCCUCCAUGAAAGCUGAAACGAAAUGUGGCAUAGUGGAGCAAUAUGCUGGGAGUGAGCUGCAUUCAUUUGCACCAUUUCAGAGUCAAAGUGCAAAGUGAACUUGAGGAUCAUUGAAGGUGCAAUCACAUUCAAGGUGCACUCUCUCUGUUAUCUGAUUUAAGACCAUUCAUGCUUUGAUUGCUAUUGGGAAACUUUUCCUGUCAUUGAAAUGCUAAAUUUUGCCUUCGUUUUACACUAUCUUUUGGAAAUUCAACUCAUUUGGUAUAUCUGAAUUAUACUCUAAGAUAGAUUUGUAGUCAUUAAUUACAUUGAAUUUGGAUAUUGGAUAGUCCUGUCCUAUUA